AUGGGAAGAUAUUCAACCGGUCGUGCGCACAUGUACUUGUCCGUGCCUCAUAUCGCGGAUGCCUUCGGCUGUGCACCUAUCAAUUCUCUGUCCCUGCCAAGCCGCCCAACGGAUAUCAAUCCCAUCUUUGACGAACAAAAGCACAAAGAACCACUCGCACCUCGCAACACCAUAGGCCCAGAUACAUAUGGCUUAUCCACUGGUUUGGACGCCGAGACUUUCUCACCACCUUCACCCCCAACCGAUUUUCGUGACCCCUAUCUAUAUCCUGUAUUGACCGGGAAUGAGUAUGUCCGCCUUACCACGCUGUGGUAUCACACCCAGGGUUUGACCGAGGACAAGGACUUUCUAUGGAGGAUCAGCAAUUUGCUCGGCAUGCUCAAGGACUCAAUCCGAUGGGAAUUUGCCAUCGUCGGCAUCCUGGACAAUGAUCACUAUACCCGACUAGUCACGGCGAAUCUGCCCAUACUAAAUCUUCCGCGUCGCGAGAGUACAUGCUCUCAUACCGUAAACAUGUCCCCUGGGACUGUCUUCAUGAUUACCGAUAUGUCAAAAGACUGGCGUUUUCAGAAUUCCCCACACGUAGCCAUUGGUGGACUUCGAAGCUAUGCUGGUACUCAGUUGCGAAUUAUGCUGGCGGAUGGUAUAGAGAUUGCUCUUGGCAGUCUUUGCAUCGCUUCCAACACGGUCGAGGAGCGUCUGACCGAGGACCAGAAACGCGGUUUGCUACGGGCUGCCGACACCAUUGCAGCAGAGCUUGUAUCGAGAACAAGAAUGCGUCGCCUCAACGAGCGUCAGAACAUGCUGAACCAUCUGAGUCAUUUGCGGGCAGCAGACAGCGACGAUCCACAGGCAGCAGUCAUACGACUUUUGACAACACUGUAUGGAGGAGUGAAUGUCUCGCUUGAGCCAGUCGUUUCCAAUGCUGUGAAGAUCAGUGGAACUUCUGUUCGGAUCGAAUGCUCCAAAUUCACUGAUGGCUUGUGGGAGGACACCGAGUUCAUCAAACACGGCAUGCAAGACACAGACGCUUUCAGUGAUGCACGACGUCCUAUUAGGGCAGUCUUUGCAUACCUAAGACAAGGAGAGAGAGCAUUGAUCGUAGCUUCAGGAAAGCUUCGGUGUAUCUUCGACUCUUUAGAUGCCUGGUUUGUCGAUCAAUGCGCGCAGUUCAUCAAUUCCACGUUGCAAGACCGUCUACUUAGAGAAGCUCUUUGCGCCAAGGAUCUGUUCCUACGUAGUAUCACUCACGAGCUGAGAACUCCGUUGCAUGGUAUUCUCAGCAGUGCCGAAUUAAUGGACGAGGAAUUGAGGAUUCGUGAGGUCAAAGGUCUACAAGCACUCUUCAGUGACGAGUUCUCCUUUCCGGCAUGUCUUUCCUCGAUCAAACGAUCUGGCAGAGAGCUUAUGACGUCCAUUAACUCGAUAUUGAAGUUCAAUGCCUUUGCGGAUGAUACAAUGAUUAUCAGGCCGACCGAGUACGACAUUCGGGAUUUGGAGGACACAGUGCUUGAUGAUGUACUACCAAGCUAUGCUAGCAAUCAGCUACAGGGUUUGUCAAUCCUGUUCGAAUACCAUCUGCCAGACGAAAACACCAUAAUAAACGUGGAUGCGAAUGUGCUGAAGGAGCUCUUGAAGUCGUUGUUAACCAACUCUAUCAGCGCAACCUCCCGUGGCAGGAUACUGGUACGUACGACUUUGCUGGGUUCGUGCUCGCAGCUUGACGUAAUCGACACUGGUAUGGGUAUAGCAGGAUGCGACCAGGAACGUGUAUUCCUGCCUUUCGAGAAGGGUAACACCCACAGUACAGGCGCUGGUCUUGGUUUGAGUUUAGCAGUUCAAAUGGCCACCUCGCUUGGCGGCUCCUUAUCUCUCAUAUGGUCUGAGUUAGGAAAAGGCAGCCACUUUCAACUCAAGCUACCAUACUCCAGAGCAGUUAACAGCCACUCCGUGUUCUGCCACAAGUCACCCACUUUUGGCGACUUACCUUUAAGAUUUUACAAAAUUCGACAAUCAGCACGCAACGAGCACUUGCUCUCCCACCUUGAAACACAUUUGAUUUCUCGUGGAUUCGAAAAAGCAGAUGGUCCUCGUGGAUCAGUCAUCAUCACGAACCAAGCCGAACCAUUUCAGCCAUGCUACACUGGCCUCAGCCAGAUUGAAACGCCACUUAUGGUCAUUACGGUUACUGAAGGUCCACUCAGUAGUGCCUACCAAACCUCUAUGGCAGACGACAUGAAACCACAUUUAGCGUGGUACAUUCACGGACCCUUUUACAAAUCUCGACUUGACGAAAUCAUGCUCGAAGCCGACCACGCAUUCGGUAUUCAUAUAUCCAAUAAAUCAAACAAUCCAUCCUACAGCACGAUCACGAUCACACCGAGCGACACCCUCAGCAAAGUCAUCUCAAACACGUCUCAAAUCCUUUCCGAUACCCUCACCUUCACCACCACCACCACCACUCACACCAGAAGCAAAGCCAUCUUUCGUGUUCUCCUCGUCGACGACAACCACGUCAACCUCAAAGUCCUCGAAAUGUACUGCAAAAAACGUAUUCUCCCCUUCGGCAAAGCCAGCAACGGCAACGAAGCUGUCUCCUCCUACAAAGCCGCCAUGAUCGACCUCGACUCGCCUUACAAACCAUACAACCUCAUCCUCAUGGAUCUGCAAAUGCCCGAGUGCGACGGGAUCGAGGCGUGUAGACAGAUCAGGCAGCUUGAGCAGGAUAAUGGACUGAAACGGUCUGUGAUAUUUAUGAUUACUGGGCAGGACUCGGUGGCGGAUCGGAGGAAUUCACUGGAGGCGGGCGCGGAUGAGUAUUUUGUCAAGCCGGUGAGCUUAAAGAGGUUGGACCAGGCGCUUGUGGAGUAUUUUAGGCUUUAG